AUGUCAAAGGCAAGGAAUAGCAAUCGGGACAAUUUAGAUGCCAGACACUCUGAGGACCUCAAGGAGCCUCUUUAUGCCAAGACCGCUCACUUCCCACCCCCACGCUCCGCAAGCGAAGGAUCAGCGACACAGCUGCGAGCAUGCUCGUGGACUUCGAAGGGCAAUAUCCCCUUUCUACUAACCGGGCUCGGUUCGAGAGCUUGCGACUACAUAUUCUCUUGGCAGACGGAGAAUUGCUGUUCUCCUUCAGUGACAAAGUUGCAAUUAUGA